AAAUCGAGCGCUCAGCCUAUAUGAGACCACGAUCAUCCACUCAACUAGGAAAUUGACUUGCAGCCUUAUCGUUCAUGCUUAUCAAUCUAUAUGGAGCUGAGAGAGCCUAUUGGCGUCUUAAAUAUCUUGAUAAUUCCUAGCCAGGAUAAAAAUUGAGGCAAAAUGUGGGAUCGCCUAAUUGAGGGGGUUAACAAUCUAGCGGAACGAAAAUACGUCCCAUAGUCAGCGUCAAUAUGUUUAAAAUAGUCUGCAUCUCAAAGAGUGGGAUAAAUGUUUAUCCUUCUCGAACUGAAUGGAUGCCAGGACACAAUACGUUCGUGCAAGCGUUAGUUCGAGUCUUACCAAGCACCGGCAUGAGAUAAGAACGAUGUUUUCAAUUGGAGCGAAUUGAAUAUUAUGUGAAAAAGGCGAAUGAAGUUCGCUGAUGUCGCAAUUUGAUGCCUGUUAAGCUGUCGCAGGUGCUAGAUUCACAUCCACAAAUCUACAUGGCGAGGAUAAUUUCGAAAUGGCGAAGUAUUUUGGAACGAGUGCAUAUGUAAAAAAAAGCCAUCCAACUUUUCAGUUGAAUAGCCCAGAUUAGUGCUGAGCUCGAGGUCAAUUCCUGAGCAACAGGAACCUCCAUUAUGAAAGAAAUCAAAGAGAAAGCUCUCGAGUCGAAUGUCUCGCCUAUUGAUGCGAAAUCAGCGGAUGGCUCGACCAACUCCCCAGCAUCACGCGAAGAGACCAAUACCGAAGCCCAGUUGAAGCCAUGGGAGAAAUCUGGAUUCCAAGGUUCUUCCCGCCGAUUCCUACGAAAGAUUCAAGGUUAUGUCUGGGACGAUCCAGACAAACCAGCCAUCGAAAAGCGGUUCCUUCUCAAACUGGACCUUUUUCUACUCUCGUACGGAUGUCUUGGAUACUUCUGCAAGAAUCUUGAUCAAGCAAAUCUGAGCAACGCAUACGUAUCGGGCAUGCAAGAAGCUCUUAAUAUGAAAGGGAGUCAGCUGACAUAUUUGGGAAAUGUAUUCACAGCUGGCUAUGUGCUUAGUCAAAUACCUGCUGUAAUUCUCGUUACCAACAUUCGCCCAUCAAUCUUGAUUCCUACUCUUGAAGUACUCUGGUCUAUCCUCACUUUUUGCAGCGCGGCUGUUACCAAUGUGUCACAGCUGUACGCCUUGAGAUUUCUCAUCGGACUUUGUGAAGGAGCUUUUUUCCCUUGCAUCAUAUAUGUGAUUGGGUCAUGGUAUACAAAGCAAGAAAGAGCAAAGCGUGUGACCUUGUUCUAUUGUACUGCCACGUUAGCCGGUAUGUUUAGUGGUUAUCUUCAAGCAGCAGCAUACGACAAUUUGAGCGGACACCUCGGCCAUGCUGGAUGGCAAUGGCUGUUCAUCAUAUGUGGUACCAUAAGUCUUCCAGUGGGUGUCAUCGGAUAUUUCUUCAAUCCCGAUUUUCCCGAAACCACUCGAGCCUUCUAUCUCACAAAAACUGAGAUUAGUUUAGCCAAGGAAAGACUUGUCCGUGAUGGAUACAACACUCUCGGAUCGUCGGCUUGGGAUAAGAAGAAGAUUUUUCGAAUGAUGGCACAAUGGCAAUUUUGGGUUUUACCCGCUGGUUAUUUCUUCAUACAAGCUAGUCUCCCAUCUCAGCAGCCAGUAUUUGCUCUGUGGCUGAAGUCCAAAGGGAACUCAGUCUAUGACAGGGAUGUUCUCCCAACAGCCCAGUCCGGGAUUGGUGUCAUUGUCCAAAUUCUAGCCGCCAUGAUAUCCGAUUCCAACCUUUUGCACGGAAAACGUUGGCAACCCAUAAUAGUGAUGCAGCUUGGUACAUUCUUUAGUGCAAUUGUAUUAGCUAUCUGGACUGUGCCUAUAAAAUUAAAGUUCGUCGCAUUUUAUCUUGCAUACUUCGCGGCCGGAGUGCCUGGUAUUUGGUUUUCUUGGUAUCCGGAUCUUAUGGCUCAUGAUCAUGAAAUGAGAGGAUUUUUGAUUGCAACGAGUAACAUGUUUGGUUACAUUAUGCAGAUUUGGUACUCAGAUGCGGUGUGGAGAACUGCGGAGGCACCUAAAUUUCGUCCAGGCUGGAUUGCUGCAGCGACUUUUGGGGUUGCAAUGGCUUUGACCGCUUUAUUGACGAGAUUUCUUGAGAGAAGAGAUGAAAGAAAAGGCAUUGGAGCUUUUGGUACUAGGCCAAACGACAUGGAAAAUCCGGGAGACCUUGCAUCAACGGAAAGAUCCUGAUGGAGGUCUUGCAGAUAUAGAUAGCGUAAUUGAAGAUAUACUGUACUUUGACUUGUCAAGCUUAUUACCCUUUUCUGA